GAAAGCCCGCACGCACGCCAUGGCGGUCGGCGCGGCCGCCACGAAGCUGCACAUCUCGCCCUUCGCCCGGCGCCCCACGCUGCACCAGCUGGCGGCCGUCGCCGUGCUCUGCUCGCUCUCCUACCUCGCCGGCGUCUGGCACCACGGCGGCCUCACCUCCACCCCCACCCCCACCGCUCCCUCCGUCUCCAUCGCCACCACCGCCGCCGUCACCUGCGCCACCCCCUCCCCCUCCCUCCCCAACCGCGCCUCCCCCACCCCUCCCCUCGACUUCCGCGCGCACCACACCGCCGAGGCGAACCAGGCGGCGUCCACCCCGGCACCGCGCGCCUACGAGGCGUGCCCGGCCAGGUACUCCGAGUACACGCCGUGCGAGGACGUGGAGCGCUCGCUGCGGUUCCCAAGGGACCGCCUCGUGUACCGGGAGCGCCACUGCCCGUCCGGCGGCGAGCGGCUGCGGUGCCUCGUGCCGGCGCCCCGCGGGUACCGCAAUCCCUUCCCGUGGCCCGCCAGCCGCGACGUCGCCUGGUUCGCCAACGUCCCGCACAAGGAGCUCACCGUCGAGAAGGCCGUGCAGAACUGGAUCCGCGUCGACGGGGACAAGUUCCGCUUCCCCGGGGGCGGCACCAUGUUCCCGCACGGCGCCAGCGCCUACAUCGACGACAUCGGGAAGCUCAUCCCGCUCCACGACGGAUCCAUCAGGACCGCACUCGACACCGGAUGCGGGGUGGCAAGCUGGGGAGCGUAUUUGUUGUCACGCAACAUCCUGGCCAUGUCCUUCGCUCCGCGGGACUCUCACGAGGCGCAGGUGCAGUUUGCGCUGGAACGUGGCGUGCCGGCGAUGAUCGGCGUGCUCGCUUCCAACCGGCUCCCCUAUCCUGCACGCGCCUUUGACAUGGCGCACUGCUCCCGCUGCCUAAUCCCCUGGCAGCUCUACGAUGGUCUGUACUUGAUUGAAGUCGAUCGCAUUCUGCGUCCUGGGGGCUAUUGGAUCUUGUCAGGACCACCAAUCAACUGGAAGAAGCACGCGAAGGGAUGGCAAAGGACCAGGGAGGACCUGAAUGCAGAGCAACAAGCCAUCGAGGCAGUUGCCAAAAGCCUCUGCUGGAAGAAGAUCAAGGAAGUUGGCGACAUUGCAAUCUGGCAAAAACCUACUAAUCACAUCCACUGCAAGGCCUCCCGCAAACUCAUCAAGUCCCCACCAUUCUGCUCGAAUAAAAAUCCAGAUGCUGCCUGGUAUGACAAGAUGGAGGCUUGUAUAACUCCACUCCCGCAGGCUAGUGACAUCAAGGAGGUUGCUGGUGGUGAGUUAAAGAAGUGGCCGCAAAGGCUCACUGCCGUACCACCUAGAAUUGCCAGUGGCAGCAUUGAGGGUGUAACCGAUGAAAUGUUUAAGGAAGAUACCAAGUUAUGGAAGAAGAGGGUUGGGCACUACAAGUCCGUGAUAAGUCAAUUUGGGCAGAAGGGCCGGUACCGCAACUUGCUGGACAUGAAUGCCCGCUUUGGUGGCUUUGCUGCGGCAUUGGUGGGUGACCCUAUGUGGGUAAUGAAUAUGGUCCCAACUGUUGGGAACUCGACAACUCUUGGUGUGAUAUUUGAGCGUGGCCUCAUUGGAAACUACCAAGACUGGUGUGAGGGCAUGUCUACCUAUCCCCGGACCUACGACCUUAUUCAUGCUGAUUCAGUUUUCAGUCUGUACAAGGACAGAUGUGAGAUGGACACCAUUCUGCUGGAGAUGGACAGAAUCCUGAGGCCGGAGGGCACGGUGAUCAUCCGAGAUGAUGUUGAUUUGCUAGUGAAGAUAAAGAGCAUCGCGGACGGGAUGAGAUGGAAUAGCCAGAUCGUGGAUCACGAAGAUGGUCCGCUCGUCCGGGAGAAGCUCCUCCUUGUUGUCAAGACAUACUGGACACUUGGGGAUGAAAAUCAAUAGCAAUAACGUGAAAUAAAAGCAUAAAAAAGCAGAGAAGUUGACAUGCUGGGCAGAUCUCUCAGUUGGCUUGCUUCCACUGUUUUGCCUUCUGAUUUUGAAAUUUAGUUUCUUGAGUAUUCUUUUGGCGAAGUAGAGUUUACAUAGUGGAGAUCUGCCCAAUGGGUUAUGGUGUAGAAGAGAUGGGGCGCAUAUGAGAAGGGAAACCAGCAAAGAUUUUGAUAUGAAAGGACAGCCAAAUAGGGUGAAGAGAGAUUAUUAUGUUUUUGCUGUACAGAGUUAAUUAUAAAUCCCAUGGCUGUUCAGUGGUUACUGAGUCAGACCCAAAAAUGGAGUACACAGGGACAUUUCUUUGCA